UAAACUUGCUUAGCCAUGAAUGCUUGUGUUAUUUCUCAACACUGCCAUAUGGAGUGUCACUAUCCAGAUGUUAGACAGAAGCAGGGAUAUCAGAUAUUAAUUUUGGAAGAGGCUUCACCGUAUUCCUUGCUUGACAUCUGUUUGAAUUACCUAACGUCUGACCUUGAGAAGUUCUGUACAGAGAGACAGGAUGGGACAUUGUGUUUGCAGGAACCUGGGAUAUUUCCACAAGAAGUGGCUGACCGACUUCUGCGGACAAUGGCAUUUCACGGACUGCUGAAUGAAGCAACUGUGGGCAUUUUUCGAGGCAACCAAAUGCGCUUGAAAAGGGCUUGCAUCCGGAAAGCCAAAAUCUCUGCAGUGGCUUUUCGGAAAGCCUUCUGUCACCAUAAACUGGUGGAGCUUGACGCCACUGGGGUGAACGCAGACAUUACAAUCACAGAUAUCAUCAGUGGACUUGGCAGCAAUAAAUGGAUCCAGCAAAACCUUCAAUGCCUUGUGCUGAACUCAUUAACUCUUUCAUUGGAAGAUCCUUAUGAACGGUGCUUUAGUCAGCUGACUGGUCUUCGUGCUUUGAGCAUUACCAAUGUUCUCUUUUACAAUGAAGAUCUAGCUGACGUGGCUUCACUUCCAAGAUUAGAGAGCUUGGAUAUAUCCAACACCUCAGUCACUGACAUAACUGCACUUCUUGCAUGCAAGGAUCGCCUCAAGUCUCUUACCAUGCACCACCUGAAAUGCUUGAAAAUGACCACUACUCAGAUUUUGGAUGUUAUCAGAGAGUUAAAGUUCCUGAAUCAUCUUGACAUUUCAGAUGACAAGCAGUUCACAUCUGAUAUUGCACUUCGUUUAUUAGAACAGAAAGACAUAUUGCCCAAUCUUAUAUCUUUGGACAUCUCGGGGAGGAAACACGUUACUGAUGAGGCUGUAGAAGCAUUUGUUAAACAACGACCCUCAAUGCAGUUUGUGGGUCUUUUAGCCACUGAUGCUGGCUACUCAUUAUUUCUUACUGGAGAAGGAAACUUGAAGGUAUCUGGAGAGGCGAAUGAAACUCAGAUUUCUGAAGCACUGAAGCGUUACAGUGAGCGGGCAUUCUUUGUACGGGAAGCACUCUUUCAUCUUUUCAAUCUCACACCUAUUAUGGAAAAAACAAAACCAGAAAUCUUAAAGCUUGUAGUUAUUGGGAUGAGAAACCACCCUCUGAACUUGCCAGUGCAAUUAGCAGCGAGUGCCUGUGUGUUUAACUUGACCAAACAAGAUUUAGCUGCAGGCAUGCCUGUAAGGCUUCUGGCAGAUGUUACUCACUUACUCCUUAAGGCUAUGGAGCAUUUCCCCAAUCACCAACAGCUGCAAAAGAACUGUCUUUUGUCAUUGUGCAGUGAUAGAAUACUUCAGGACGUUCCAUUUAACAGAUUUGAAGCAGCCAAACUGGUCAUGCAGUGGUUAUGUAACCAUGAAGAUCAGAACAUGCAGAGAAUGGCAGUGGCAAUAAUCUCAAUUCUUGCUGCAAAGCUUUCAACAGAACAAACAGCUCAACUUGGUGCAGAGCUCUUCAUUGUCAGGCAACUACUACAAAUUGUCAAGCAAAAAACGAAUCAGAAUGUAGUGGAUACUACACUUAAGUUUACACUGAGUGCACUUUGGAAUCUCACAGAUGAGUCCCCAACCACAUGUCGGCACUUUAUUGAAAACCAGGGAUUGGAACUUUUCAUGAAAGUCUUGGAGUCUUUUCCAUCUGAGUCUUCUAUCCAACAGAAAGUUCUUGGCCUUCUGAACAACAUAGCAGAGGUGAAAGAGCUCCAUUCAGAACUCAUGUGGAAAGACUUCAUAGACCAUAUCAGCAAACUGUUGCACAGUGUUGAGGUGGAGGUCAGUUACUUUGCAGCUGGGAUUAUUGCACACUUAAUAUCAAGAGGAGAACAAGCUUGGACAUUAAGCCGAAGCCAGAGAAGCUCACUCUUAGAAGAGCUGCACUCUGCCAUUUUGAACUGGCCUACACCAGAAUGUGAAAUGGUGGCAUACAGGUCUUUCAACCCAUUUUUCCCUUUGCUUGGCUGCUUCAUGACUCCUGGGGUACAGCUUUGGGCAGUGUGGGCCAUGCAACACGUUUGCAGCAAAAACCCUGCCAGGUACUGCAGCAUGUUAAUCGAAGAGGGUGGUUUACAUCACUUAUUCAACAUCAAACAAAACAGCCAGACUGAUCCAGAUGUUCAACGAAUUGCUAUCUCAAUCCUAGAUAGUUUAGAAAAACAUAUUUUGCGGCAUGGACGGCCUCCUCCUCCUUGUUAAAAACCAUACAGAACUAGGCCAGUUGAAAUUGAAAGGAAAAUAUAACAGGGAAUAGGUAUCUCAGUUAUUCUCUAGUAAUCCCUUACAAAGUGUCUCUAACUGGAAUUACUUCAGUUACAGUGAUCACCAUUAAAACCUUUUUGCCAGCUGCUGUGGAAGUAGUUUCAGCACAUGGCUGGUAAAUGUUGUGUUUAAUGGUCUCUUGUCAUUAAGGGUUUUCAUGAGGAUCUAGGAUAAAUUCCUAAACUAGUCAUGUCUAUUGGAUCACCUCUGGCUGGGGGGGUGGGGGGAGCGGAGGCAAAUGGCGAUUGUACAAUUCAAAUGCACAUCCAAAAUGAAACUUCUAGAAAUUUGUGGGUCCAAGUGCAGAAAAUAUUUUCUGCAUGCUUCAUCCCUUCAGAAUAAGUUGUGUUUAAAUAGAUCUGUUCACCAACUCAGUAUUUGAAUAGUACUGUUUGUGCUUGUAAUGUCAGCACUAUCCAGCCAAAAACAUCACACAUCCACAUAUUAAAAAACAAACAAACAACAUAUUAUGGGUAAGGUGACCAGGGGUGUGUUGUUUCUCCAGGGACUUUUAAAAACCUGUAUGGAGACACCAGAUUCAUCUUGUGUUGCACAUACUGCCUCAAGCAAAGGCAUUUGAUUUCUGGAUCAACAGUUUAACUUCCCUAGUGUCCUAUGGUGAGAAACUGUUGAUAGGAAUAAACCUGAGUUCUCUUCCAGGGAGCCAAAACCAUAGGAAAGGUAUACAUUAAUUGCAUUUUUUAAAAAGGAGAAGAAAAAGAACAAACUGUGCUAUUACACUUGUUAUAACUAAGUGUAUGUUAAACAAACAAGGAGAAUACCGUGGUGAUGUUCACCACAAGGAUUGCUAAAGUGGAAAGAGGUUGUUAAGCUUAUGGGAAUGUACAGGAACAAAAAUAUCUGAUCACCUUAUUUAUGACAGACUAUUAAUUGCUUUGCUCUUUCCCGUAAAUACUUUGUCAGUAUUUGUGCAGUGAACUUUAUGUGCAAGGCAGCACCAUCCAAAAUCUCAUCCAACAUUUUGUGUAAAGUCUGGUGUAAAUUACAUCAUUGUGUGGAGUAUUACAGUUUUACAUAAAACUUCCCAUAAUUAAAAAUGAUUAAAAAUG